CAAGCAAAAGUUCAACCAAUUCAAUACAACCACCUACACUACAACUAUGGGAGAAGACGGGAAACAUCACGCAGAUUAUACCAACUUACAAAGUGGACAACUCACAAAGGAAGAAACGUUACAACAUAUCCUUCUCUCCUAUGAAGCGUUAGCUCAAGAUACUACCAAUUGGAUCACCAAUCUUUCCAAUUUAUCAUCAUUAUUAUGGUAUGGAUAUCAUUCUCUUGAUAUUCCGGUGAAUUGGUCAGGGUUCUAUGUGCUUAAUCCGGAAGAUGAUAAUGAAUUGAUCUUAGGACCAUUUCAAGGGAAAGUUGCUUGUCAAAUCAUUAAGAUUGGUAAGGGUGUUUGUGGUACUGCUGCUAGUAGUAAAUUAACUCAAUUAGUACCUGAUGUUGAGGAAUUCCCGGGUCAUAUCGCUUGUGAUGGUGAAACUAAAAGUGAAAUCGUGGUUCCGAUUGUUAAAGAUGAUAAGGUUUUAGGAGUAUUGGAUCUUGAUUGUUUAAAAUUAGGAGGAUUUGAUAAAGUUGAUGAGAAAUAUUUAGGUGAAUUAGUUGAAUUAGUGGUUAAAACUUGUAAAUUUUAAUAAUAGAUAUAUAUAUUAACUAUAAAACGAAAUAAUAAUAAUUAGGAU